AUGUGUCAGCUUCAGACGGUUCCCUUCACCUGGUGGGUGGUUAGUGAUGGAAUCACAUCUGAAAAAAAAAAAAAAAGUAGUAGUAGUAGUAGUAGUAGUAGUAGUAGUAGUAGUAGUAGUAGUAGUAGUAGCAGCAGCAGUAGUAGUACUAGUAGUAGCAGUAGUAGUAAUAGUAGCAGAAGCAGUAAUAAUAGUAGUAGUAGUAAUAGUAGAAUAGAAGCAGUAGCAAUAGUAGUAGAAGUAGUAGUAGUAGUAGUAAAAAAUAAUACCAAGAGUAGCAGCAGCAGCAAUAGUAUUAACAGUAGUAGUAGAAGUAAGAAGAAUCCCAAGAGUAGUAGCAACAGUAGUAGUAAUAGUAGUAGUAGUAGUAAAACUAGCAGCAUUAGUAGUGAAAGUAGCAGUACUAGUAGAAGUAGUAGUAGUAGUAAUAGUAGUAGUAGUAGUAGUAGUAGUAGUAGUAGUAGCAAGAGCAAUAGUAAUAGUUGUAGUAGUAGUAGUAGUAGUAGUAGUAGUAGUAGUAGUAGUAAUACUAGCAGCAGUAGCAACAGCAAUAGUAGUAGUAGUAGUAGUAGUAGCAACAGCAGCAGCAGCAGCAGCAGCAGCAGCAGCAGCAGUAGUAGUAGUAGUAGUAGUAGUAGUAGUAGUAGUAGUAGCAGCACAGAAGUAGUAGUAGUACUAGUAGUGGUAGCAACACCAGUAGCAGAAGCAGUAUUACUAAUAGAAGUAGUAAUAGUAACAGUAAUACCAGCACAAGUAGUAGGAGUAGUAGCAGUAGUAGUAGUAGUAGUAGUAGUAGUAGUAGUAGUAGUACUAGUACCUGUUGUUUUUGUAAUAGUAGCAGCAGCAGCAGCAGUAGUAGUAGUAGUAGUAGUAAUAGUAGUAAAAGUAGCAACAGCAGCAAUAGUAAUAGUAGAAGUAAUUGUAGUAAUAGUAGCAGCAGCAGCAGCAACAGUAGUAGUAUUAGUAAUAGUAGUAGUAGUAGUAGUAAUAGUAGCAGAAGCUGCAGUAUAAGUAUUAUUAUUAUUAAUAGUUGCAGUAGUAUUAGUAAUAGUAGCAGCAG